AUGCGCUAUCUCUUGGCGCUUCUACUGUUCGCGUUGGUGCUACUGGUCGCCGAGGCGGCGAAGAACGUCACCAAAGAGCCACCUCGAGACUGUUCCGAUGCUCCCAAUAGUGACAUUAAACAGACAUGUGUGAUGCUACGUACUAUGGAUACAUUGACAAGGAGACGAAUUGCAAGGCAAGCGAUGAGAAACAAUCGAGGCCCUGCCCAACAACAACGAAGGGGAAGGCAAGGUGCUCCUGCACGUCAGCAGCAGCAGAUGGCCCCACCACGACCUGCGGUUCCCGAGUGGCUCACGCCAAUCCCGGUACCACCAGGUUCACGUGGUCAAGUCGCCUAUCACCCCUAUGACUGCAUGACUCUGGGUUGCCUGUGCCCGUUCUUUGCGGGACGAAUGCAAAACGGUCAAUGUGUACUGUCGAAUGGGGCUAUUCUGACAAUGGCAUAUCGCAAGGAAUACCGUAUGAUGACCGACGACGAGCGUAACCGUUGGCAUCGAGCUUUGGCUACGUUGAAAGCAAACGGCGAAUACGAUCGUAUCAGCAGAGAGCAUUUCGACGUCGGUGUCGGCUCUGGUGCUCAUUCUGGACCUGGUUUCUUGCCCUGGCAUAGAGAAUACCUGAAGAGAUUCGAGAUUGCCCUUCGAAUGGUCGACCCAUCGGUAGCGGUACCUUAUUGGGACAGUGUCAUGGACAACUACCUACCCGAUCCCAGAGAUUCGAUCAUCUUCUCGAAUCUGUUCGCUGGUGAGACCGACUUCUACGGGAAUGUGAUCCAGGGUCCGUUUGCCUAUUGGAGAACCCUUGAGGGACGUCCUACAAUUCUCAGGAAUCUCGGUCGGGAAGGCUCUUUGCUGAACGAGAACCAGAUCAACAACGUCGUGGCGCAGAACACCAUCGAGAACACCCUGGCCUACACAGCUCCUACCGCUGGAUGCCCAUACCCGAACAACUAUGGCGCCAUCGAGUACAUCCACUCAAACGUACAUCUGUGGGUCGGAGGAGACAUGAAACCGCCAAGCACUUCUGCUAAUGAGCCGCUGUUCUUCAUGCAUCACUCGUUCGUCGACUAUUUGUGGGAACUAUGGCGUCAACUGAAACAACCGAGAUGGUUGAGAGAAGUGGCUUACUCUGACGACAACGGCUGGUGCACUAAUCAAUUGCACUUCAGUUGGGCUUACAUGCGUCCUUUCCCCUAUUUGGCCAACAGAGAUGGACUCUCCAACUCAUACACCGAUCAAAUGUACCGUUAUGCACCUCGAGCCACCUGCUCGCUACAGAACCCCAACUGCGGCUCGCCGUAUCUGUUCUGUGACACAAGAGGCUAUCCUCACUGCGUCUCCAAGGUAAAAAUGAACGGUAACUGUAUGGGAUUCGAGAAUUUCGACGUGUGCUAUGCGGGACGAUGCUGGUGGGGACGCUGCAUCCCGGGAAAUCGAGCUUGGGCUUCAAAAAUUCUGAAAAACGUGAAAGCGGUGAACUCGUCGCUCACUUUGGGUCUCAUUUCGACAUCUGAGCACGGCAAAGAAGAGGAAGCACCACCUCCGAAGCCACUCAAGAUGGUUGCACCGCUCUUCAGAAACUGCUACAAUAGGUCACCCUGCUGCACCGCUUGGGCUAAUCAAGAACUGUGUGGCACUCAAGCCGAGUACAUGGCCGUGUACUGUGGAGCCAGUUGCGGGGUCUGUACGCCAACCUACAAUAUCUCAAACGUUGACUGCCGCGACCUGCACCCAAUGUGCAAGGAAUUCAAGGUACGAGGCAUGUGCGCUGGUAAAUCGGAAAACUUCAUGAGCGAGAACUGCCGUCAAUCCUGUGGAUUGUGUCACAUCAGGAAGGACUUAAAGUGCUAUCGUAAUGGAACGUUGAUUAUGCCUGAUGUCUCGGAGGAUGACGUAGCGAUGAUCCAGGACACGAUUCAGACAGAAGUUAGGGAAAGGGUGAAACUUGCGAAGAGGGCUCGUAGAGCCGUGGUCUGA